AUGACGACGACGUGCGCCUCGUUCGCGAGCACAAGCGCUCGCGCGACGGCACGUUCGACGAUACAGACAAAGGGUACGCGCUCGGGUGUCUGGAGGCGUCGAUGCGCGACGCACGGGACGAACGCGAGGACGAACGCCAUUCGUUUCCGUGCGCUGGACACGCGGUCCGAGCGCUCGAGUGCGCUGGUGCGCGCGCGCGCGUCGGUCGACGACGACGCGAAGCCGAGCGAGUACGGGUUGGAUCACUUGACCGGUGAGCCGCUCGAAGAGAAGGGACAGAUGACGGCCAUCAUCACGGGGGUGGUCUCCGUGGCACUCGCGCUCGGGUACCUGGCGCUCGUGCAGGUGUUCGACUCGAGGGAUAUGCUGCCGCCGCCUCCGGAGGCGCUGGGUGAUGGGAGCGCGGUGAUGGAGAAUGGGCGCUAA